AUGAAUAGGACGAAAGUUACGGUGGCAUGCCGAGCAUGUCAAAAGAAGAAGGUAAAAUGUACGGGAGUUUCUCCUUGUUCGAAUUGCCUCAAGACCAACCUUCGAUGCGAGUUUACCGGGACCGCAAAGAAACGUGGUCCACGCAAUGGUAAUGUCGAGGUGAUCAAAAGUUCUGCUCGUAGGAUCGAAUAUGUGAUGCGAAAGAACCCGAAUCUGAGAGAUCAAAUUAAUCAUAUGUUGGCACAUAGCAACGCUCGUCCUGAUGCUCGUUCGGCGAGACCUUCCUCAGUCAUUCCCCAUGACGUACCUAUAGUCUUAGUAGAAGAUGAUAGUGGAAUCACUACAGACGCUUCUCAAUCUCACGGAAUUCCACCUUCAAUUAGGCGCACCUCUCUUCCCUCCAAUUCAAUUCCGCCUAUGCAAGAAUAUUUUUCACCGGAUGAACAUGUUUCACAUCCUUCCUACAAUCCCGAGACAAUCAAUUUACCCCAGCCGCAGUCACCUGCCUUGCUAAAACCCGUUCCUGUGUAUCCUAUGCGAAAUCACGUGGCAAAUGAACGACCUGAGGACAAUUAUUCGAGACAUAAUCCUACGUACCUUGGAUCAAAUUUUGUUCCUAUCCCCCCAAUGGAAACUUUACAAACAAGCACAGAUCGUAUGAAAUUACCGAUGCCCAACCUUAUCGCUUGUAAAAAAAGGUCAACACCUAUGCCAAUUGUCAUUACCUCUUCCGGCAUUGAAGUCUUGCUACCUCCAGCACCGGAUUUGGCAAAUCCUCUUUCACCUCCGCCCUCCAAUCAAAAUCAAAAUCAAUAUCCAAUUGAUUUACCUCCAUUGGCUCUUUCAGUUCCUUAUUGUAAUAAAUCAUAUCCUGAUAUGAAUACACCUCCAAUGUCGACUGUUCCUUUGCCAUCGCCGUCAUCUUCUUCAGAUCUUUAUAAUAUGACUUUUGAGAAGUCUCAAGAAGAUUCGUGUCCCCCAACUCCGCCAAACUCCUUGUCUCCACCAUUGUCUCCUCGUGAUACUUGCCUACAUGUCGAGCGUCCAAUGACAUGGAUGAAUAAGAAAUAUUCGUUCAACUAUUCACAACAAUUAUAA